AUGUCGCGAGGGAAACAUUCACGAAGUAGUAGUUCGAAUGCUAUUCAAAACAAAAAAAGAAAAGUAACAACAGAUGGUUCGUCGUCUGUGAUCGGUACUUGCUUCGAGAAACUUUCCAACGAGUUAAUCUACGAAGUAUUCGAGUUCUUGGAUUUCUAUGAUGUUUACCGAGCAUUUUACUCAUUGAAUAUGCGAUUUCGUCAAAUUAUUACAAAUUCGACUCUACCUAUCCAUGUCAAUCUUUCAUCGCGAUCAAAAUCAACUUUUGAAUCUUAUAACAAAGAUUGUAUUUUACCAAAUAAACAUCGAAUUCAAUCACUUCANGCGAAAUGUCUACACUCAUUUAUACGACAUAUAUUGCAGAAAGUCAAAGAAAAGGCAAAUCGUCAUUUGUGCUUGUUAUCUUUUAGAUCAGCAGCAAAAGUAUGGAUGGAACGAACAAAAAGUUUGAUCGAUUCGAAGAGAUUACUCAAUGAUUAUGUGUUGAAAUUUGUUGUUAAGGAUUUAUAUUUAUGGUGGUAA